CGAUGCCCAGCCCAUAGCAGGCAUGCCACAAAUGCUCACCUCCCCUGCCCAAGACCCGUUUAACACAAGCAGGGAUUGACUCCUCAGGCCGACAAUGAAGCCCAGACACGGCCCCAGGGGAAAAGAUGUAAAUAAAACCACAGGAAAACGAGGUGAUGGAUGGCGGCACCAUCAAGCAGAAGAUCUUUACCUUCGACGCCAUGUUCUCCACCAACUACUCGCACAUGGAAAACUACCGCAAGAGGGAGGACCUGGUGUACCAGUCCACCGUGAGGCUGCCCGAGGUCCGCGUCUCGGACAACGGUCCCUACGAGUGCCACGUGGGCAUCUACGACCGCGCCACGAGGGAGAAGGUGGUCCUGGCAUCGGGCAACAUCUUCCUCAACGUCAUGGCUCCUCCUACCUCCAUCGAAGUGGUGGCUGCGGACGCGCCAGCCCCCUUCAACCGCUACCAGGCCCAGAACUUCACGCUGGUCUGCAUCGUGUCCGGAGGGAAACCAGCGCCCAUGGUUUAUUUCAAAAGAGAUGGGGAAGCGAUCGACGCGGUGCCGCUGGCAGAGCUGCCGGCGGGCUCUGGCCCCCUCCAGGACAGCAGGCCCUUCCGCAGCCUCCUGCACCGAGACCUGGAUGACACCAAGGUGCAGAGGUCACUGUCCCUGAUGGACACUGAGAACCGGGGUGGGCGUCCCUACACGGAGCGCCCCUCCCUCGGCCUGACCCCAGACCCCAGCAUCCUCCUCCAGCCGACCACCGAGAACAUCCCCGAGACGGUGGUGAGCCGCGAGUUCCCCCGCUGGGUCCACAGCUCCGAGCCCGUCUACUUCCUGCGCCACAGCCACACCCCGGGCAGCGACGGCACCGUGGAGGUGCGAGCCCUGCUCACCUGGACACUCAACCCGCAGAUCGACAGCGAAGCCCUCUUCAGCUGUGAGGUCAAGCACCCAGCGCUGUCGAUGCCCAUGCAGGCAGAGGUCACGCUGGUUGCCCCUAAAGGACCCAAAAUUGUGAUGACGCCCAGCAGAGCCCGGGUCGGGGACACAGUGAGGAUUCUGGUCCAUGGAUUCCAGAACGAGGUCUUCCCAGAGCCCCUGUUCACAUGGACGCGGGUCGGGAGCCGCCUCCUGGACGGCAGCACCGAGUUCGACGGGAGGGAGCUGGUGCUGGAGCGGGUUCCCGCCGAGCUCAACGGCUCCAUGUACCGCUGCACAGCCCAGAACCCGCUGGGCUCCACCGACACGCACAUCCGGCUCAUCGUGUUCGAAAACCCAAAUAUUCCAAGAGGAACGGAGGACUCCAAUGGUUCCGCCUCUGGCCCUGCUGGUGUCCGGCUCAUCCUGGUGCUCACCCUGACAGUGGUCCUGGAGCUGACGUGAAGGCUCGGCCCGGCUCCCGCCACUCCACCCGGCACGGACGCCUCUGCGAUCGCUUUUCAUUUCUUUUCUAAACUAUUUCCAGUCUUGUUCUUAGUCUCUUUCUGUCUGUGUCUUGGCUUCUUCAGUCGGUUUGAUUAAAACAAACAGAACGAUUUUCCCCA